ACCUGACAGCUCAACAAGCAGCUAUCCUCAAACAGCAGCUGUCCUACAGCAACACCAAGCCUCUGAGCCACUUCAGUGCACUCGACCACAUGGGCCAGAGAAUGACGCCGCCCAUGGCCAACCAGGGGAAAAGCCCUAUGAUGCCAUACAUGCAGGGCCCAACAGGGCAGGGUGGAGGUCCACCUCCAGCUCAGGGGCCAAUGCCUGGACAGACAGCUCACCUGAGUGAGGAGCAGAAGAGGAUGCUGCUGAUGAAGCAAGGCCUGCCCUAUGGACCCCUUCAGACUCAUGCACAGGAUCCAGGAAUGGUGGCCAUGUCCCGGCAGCAAGGUGGGGUUCAGCCUCCUCACGGCGCACCCGGAGGAGUGGCCUCGGGUGGGCCCAAUGCGGUGGGGGCGGGGCCCGGUGGUUACCUGGGCAACCCUCAGCAGCAGCAGCAGCAACAGCAGCAGCAGCAGCAGCAGCAGCAGCAGCAGGCAGCCAUGAUGAAGCAGAUGAUGGCGAUGGAGCAGGAGAAGAGAGUGCAGCUGCACCUGAUGGAGCAGCAGAAGCAGCACCUGCUCAGGGAGAGGCAGCAGCAGCAGCACAUCAUGGCAGAGCAGUUACAACAGCAGCAGCACCUCCCAAGGCAGAUGGGGCAGCCCCAGAGGAACCCCUACCCAGUCCAGCAGGUCAACCAGUUCCAAGGGUCGUCUCAAGAGAUGGCAGUGAGGAUGCAGAGCAUGCGUAAUGCGCGACUUCUCCAGCAGCAACAGCAGCAGCAAAUGCAGCAGAUGCAGAGCGGAGCCAUGCAGGGCGGCAUGCCCUCGCAGCCCGACAUGGGCAUGCCCUACGGGGGCCAGCCGGGCACCGGAGGCAGCCAAGCGGGCAUGUACACAGCAGGCAUGAGCCAGAUGCAACAGCAGCAGCACCCCAACCAAAGCAGCAUGCCAAUGGGCCACACAGGCGCACCUGGGCACAGGCAACCGGGAACAGGACCCGGUGGCAUGAUGCCCGGAUCUGGAGCAGCUGGAGGGGCUGGGGGAGGAGGAUACGGCCAGGGCAUGCUCCUUAGCUCUGCCCUGAAAGGAGGUGGUGUGGGCGGCCAGCCAAUGAACAAGGCCCAGGCGCAGAGGCUGCAAAGCAUGAUGGGAGCUGGAGGCGCAGGUUGGCAGCAGCAGCAGCAGCAACAGAGCAUGCAGCCCAUGGGUGGCAGGACUACAAACGAAAUGGUGGGCUUUGGUGGCAUGCCGGCCGGCUAUGGGAUGCCGCCGGGGCAAGGCCCGCCACGUAUGCCCAAGCAGCACUACAGCCAGGGGGGCAUGGUGGACCCGCGUGCCAUGAACCCUGCUGGCAUAGGGCCUGGUGGGGCGCAAAUGAUGCCUCCACACAUGGCAGCACAGGGCAGGACCAACCAGCCACGUGGCAUGAUGAUGCCUGGCAUGAACCAGGGCGUGCCUGCCAGCAUGGCAUCGGCGUUCGGACAGGCAGCGGGGCAGCCAGGGGGGAUGGGCGGACCGGGAGGAGCCGGAGGGGGCGUGGCAUAUGGGGGCGGGACCCAGUCACAAGGCUACCAGCGGACAUCUAGUCAGGACCUAGCGUAUGGCUAUGCCAGCCAAUCAGCAGCAGCCAGUGGAGGCCAAUUUGGUCUAUCAGACGAAAAGGACUUAGACUUAACAGAUGGCUGGAUGGAAGAGUUUUUCCCCAACCAAUAGCAGACACAGAAGAGCAGAGUGUUUUUUAAUAGGUUGGGCUUUGGGGAACAGAAAAGAGAUUUUUAAACAGAAGAUACAUUUUAAAGGACACAGGAGUGUUUUUGUUCAACUUUCAUGAAACUGAAAGAAAAAUGCCAUGUCAUGUACUGUGUGUAAAUGUGUAUGUGUACUGUCUAAAUACUCCACGGGAGUGGUGGAAGUUCUUAUUUCAGAAAGUAGUCUUUCCUAUUUUCCAUGUUGUUUAAUGUGAUUUAUUUUACAAUUUUGUGUUUCAGUGGUCUUUCAAACCCCAAACUUCAGAAUAGUUUCCUAAGGGUAUACAGUAGGGAAAAUAGAAAAUAUUUUUGUUAUCACAAUUAACUGCCAUGCUCCCUCUUCUAUCUUAGUUGUUACAUGAGUGAGAGUGUGAGUGUGUGUGUGUGUGUGUGAGAGAGUGUGUGUGUGUGUGUGUGUGUGUGUGUGUGUGUGUGUGUGUGUGUGUGUGUGUGUGUGUGUGUGGAUUUGUAGGGUGGGGGAUAGCACCCAUAUUCGUAACAUGUGGUUUAACCUUCCUUUGCAAUAGCUUCCCUCCAAAACAUAGAUAUGUAAACACCUCUCAUUUUCUGGCUUCCCUAGAAUGCUGAUGUGGUCCUCUGUAUUUCACCACAAUGAGUCUGUAUGUGCAUCUGCAAGUGUGUGUGUGUGUUUAUUUGAACAUCGCAACCAAAACAAACUGCAUUUCCCUUUGUUUGGAUUUGAGCGCAUGCGUGAUGAGUGCCCCUGCUGUCGCUAGGCAACUGCUCUGUGAGCAAGAGGAUGGAAAGAGAGAGAGAGAGAGACACAGAGAGACAGAGAGUGUGUGUGUGUGUCUCUCUGUGUGUUAGAGGUGGGUUCUGUAUGGAGAGACCUGGCAGCUAGAGACCUCACAGUCUCCAAGAAACAAACAAAUAAAAAACAGAGAGAAAGACCAAAUGAGAGGUAAGGCAGGCAAAAAAAAAACCAUCCAUGUACAUACAGAUAGAUGUCAGACAGUCAAAAGGGCAGCUAUGACAAAGACAGGCUCAGCCAACGAAUGUUAACUGUGGUAUUAAUGAUGGGGUGUAUGCGGAACAGGAUGUAACAACAGCGAUGUAAAAGAAACACAAUGACGAAUUGUACCUGUGCUGAAUGUAUGUCACCACAAAUGACCUUGUCUGACACAAUGACUUGUCUCAAAGGCUGGUCUUUGGCAUUUUAGGGGAAGAUGUUUGGUAUGAGGUUUAGCCUUCAGUUGAGAUGAUUUGUGUCUAUGCUUGUAUGCGUGCGUAUGAGUGUGUGUAUCACCCAGUGAUGAAAUACUUCAGACCAACAAUCUCACCACUGCUCAAAAUAUUGCUGUUUGCUUUUUGUUCCGAUUCUCACACUUUAAAUUUGUUUGUCUUUAAAUCCACGUUUACAUGACUCCAACUAUUGUCCAACUUUUGGACAGACUGUGAAGUGACAUGGGGCUGUGCAGAGCUUAAUCAAUUGCAUUGCAAUUGGUCUCAUCAACCACUUCAGCCCAUCAAUGUGAUUUCUGUCCUUAGUUUCUCAGCGAGGAGGAGAAGGCUAGCAAAGAGUAGCUAUCUUUUUAGAGUUCUUCAAAACGGGCCUGGAGUAAAGACUGCACUGGUCACCUCAGCCAAUCUCUGGGGAUUGAGGAAGAUUUAGUCCCUUCUUCUUAAAGCGUCAUCAGAGUGCCCCCCAACAAGACAUAUUUUCCAGCCUAUCUCCCUCUUCAAGUUACUUAACUCAUCCGCCCCUUUUCUGAGCUUCAGUUGAACGGAAGACAUUUUGUUUGUGAUCAUUAUGAUUUUUAAAGACACUUUUUAGAUUAGGCAGAUUAGAACCGACCCUUCAGACCUAUCCCUUGUAAUCCCAACAAAAAUGCUACUGUUUAAAUUGUCAUUACACCACUCAUGGUUUACUUUAAGAGUUCAGUGAAACCUGUCAAGGAAACAGAACAGAUUAUAUUCCUUAUAAUAUGUUUUGUAACUACAAAGCUAGUUAGGACCCUUAACCCUCCCUAAAAACAAAAGAAUGCCUUUAAUUGCUUAUUCAUCUUGAACAGCCCAUGCAAAUGCCCCAGUCUACCCUUUUUGGCUGUUGGUCUGAAUGAUCUUAAUCUGUACAGGUGUUUUCUGUCUUGGUUUCUCAAUUGCCUCACAUCCUAUCCAAAUCGAACGGAGUACUGUUCAUGUUCUUAACAGAAAAUGGCUGUUUUGGUGUUUAGUGUUGGAAAUGUUUAUCGUUUUAAGGAAAGGGAUAGGCACUUGAGUUUGUUACAUACAGUGUUCCAAAAUGGCCACCUGACAGUGUUGCCCUUUAAGACCGGCAGAUGGGGAGCCCUCUUCUUUCUCCAAGCUUCCUCCAAAUAUCAUGAAUCCUGGGACCAAGUCAAAUGUAGAACUUUUCUCUGCUUUUUUUCUACCUGCUAUUUUUUGUUUUUGUUUUGUUUUUUUUGUCAUCAUUGUCACUGUUUUUUUCUGUUCAUUUUCUGUACUGGUGCUGACAUGUAUGUGAUCAAAAAAGAUAUAUAAAAGAAAAUUGAUAUUUGUAAAUAUGUUUUUACAAGUUUAAAUACAACAGAUAAUACUGUCUCUA